AUGGCGGAAUUCCAGGCAAGGUUGGGCGAUAUGGAGAGAAACGCCGGCGCAGCCCUCGCCCUUGCCAUCAUUGCCAUUCUCGUAGAGGUUGUUAUGAUGACUUUCAUUUUUCGGCACGGACGGCAGCGAGAUCGAGGGCAACGGUCGGUUGACGUUGAGCGUGGCCUUGACUUCCAGGAUACGAACCGUCAUCAGCCUCAGGACCCUCCCUUGGCGGCUCCGGCCCCGACCCGGUCUCGGAACCCUGUUGGGCACUCGCCAGCGGACGCUCUUGGUCGGCCAGUCGCAGCAUACGAAAGCCAGGGGGAUGAGCUGCAUGGGGAGGCUGACGAUUAUUACAACCCAUCCCCGAUCUCUAAGCGGCCGACCUAUGAUGUGGGCAGCGGCAUGGGCGCGCAGACACAUGGAACAGACUAUACGAGGCACCGGCGCCAGUCAUCAGGCGAUGGACCCCGCACCAACAGGAAUGACGCCGACUACGGUAGGAAGGGUAACAAAUUUGCCCACGGCACUUAA